AUGUCACGUCUUCAUCCAUUUGAUGGUGUUAAGGAUUAUGAAAUCAGGUUAGCUUCGAAAUUGGUCAAGGAUGCUUAUCCAGCAUCGGCAAAAUGUCAUUUCGUUCGUAUUGACAGAAUGGACCCUCCCAAAAACGAUAUGAUUAAAUAUUUGGCUGCUGAAAGAGAAGGUUUACCUUUACCACAAAUUCCUAGAAUCUUACAUGUUUAUUACUGGACAAACACCUUGGAAUUUAACAAGGCCUUGGUUAAUGUCACUGCAGGACAUAUCAUUACCAAACAAAAACAACCACAAGGAGUGGUUGGACCAAUGUUGCCUGAUGAUAUGAUUGAAUGGGAAGAACACUGUAACAAUCACCCCUUGGUCAAAGCCGAAAUUGCUAAAUUGAAAUUACCUCCUGGUUAUUCCGUGCGUAAUGAUCCUUGGAUCUAUGCCACUGAUGAUCCAAACGAAAAGAGACCAUUGGUUCAGCACUUUAUGUAUGUCUUGGCUGGAAAUGGUCAUUCCGAAUCAAAUCAUUAUUCUUUACCUUUGAAAUUUUCACCUGUUUUUGAAUGUUUCACUAGAAAGUUUGUUAGAAUGGAUUACUUACCGGGUGGAUUUGAUGAAACUGUUACUCCAACUGGUCCUUGGCAACAAGUUCCUUGUGUUGAAUACCAUUCGGAUUUGCACGAUGAACAAAAAUUUCCAAGAGAUGUUAAACCUUUGUUGGUUUCACAGCCUGAUGGUCCUUCUUUUACUGUUAAAGGUAACAAGGUCGAAUGGCAAGGAUGGGAGUUUAGAGUUGCUCCAACUGCAAGAGAGGGUUUUGCCGUUUAUGACGUUUGGUUCAAAGGCAGACAAGUUUUUUACCGUAUUUCAUUAAGUGAAAUGACCGUUCCUUAUGGUGAUCCAAGAGCUCCAUAUCACAGAAAGCAAGCCUUUGAUUUAGGUGACUGUGGAUUUGGUACUUGUGGUAACAAGUUGGAGUUGGGAUGUGAUUGUUUGGGUGUUAUCAAGUAUUUGGAUGGUAUGGGUAUCCAUGGUAAUGGUGAACCAUUUAUCAUUCCAAACACUGUUUGUAUGCAUGAACAAGAUGACGGUUUGUUAUACAAACACGUGAAUUACAGAACAAACAAUGCUGUUGUUGCUAGAAGGAGAAUAUUUAUUGUUCAAUGUAUUGCAACUGUUGCCAAUUAUGAAUACGUUGUUAACUUGAAGUUUGUUUCUGAUGGUUCGAUGGAUAUUGAAGCUAGAGCCACUGGUAUCUUGUCAACUAUGCCCAUUGAUGAAAACGUUAAAGUACCAUGGGGUACAAUUGUUGCGCCAAACUGUAUGGCUGCUUACCAUCAACACAUUUUGUCAUUUAGAAUUGAUCCAGCUAUCGAUGGUCAUAAUAACACUGUUGUAUACGAUGACACCAAGAAGUUGCCUGUUUCCAAAUUAAAUCCAUUCGGUAUUGGAUUUGUUACUGAUCGUAAGAUUGUUGAAAAAGCAGGAUAUAUUGAACAAUCUCCAUUUACAAACAGAGCUUACAAGAUCAUUAAUGAAAAUGUCAUUAAUCCAGUUGCUAAGACACCAGUUGGUUAUAAAAUCGAAUUGCCAGCAAGACAAAUGUUGUUGGCUGACGAUACUUCAUUUAACACCAAGAGAGCUAAAUAUGCAACUCAGCAAAUGUGGGUUACUAAAUACCGCGAUGAUCAGUUGUUUGCUGCUGGUGAAUUCACAAAUCAAUCACAGAAAGAUACUGGUAUAGCCGUAUGGGCAAAUGGUGUAGACGAUGUUAGAAACGAAGAUAUUGUUGUUUGGGCAACUAUGGGAUUCACUCAUAUUCCAAGAGUUGAAGAUUUCCCCGUUAUGCCUGUUGAAAUUCACAAUAUUCAUAUUGCUCCUGUUAACUUCUUUGAUAAAAACCCUGCUUUGGAUAUUCCUGGAGCUAAUAAUAACUUCAACAAGAGUGUUUUAGUUCCUGGUGAAGAAGAAAAACCAUGCUGCAGCACAAAGAUAUAA